AUGAUGUCAAUGGAGAGGCACACCUUCGUUCCGAAUCCAGAGAGGGAGAGCGUGCGGUGUAAGAACACGACGGAAGCACAUAGCUGCGUGUGGUGAAGUUUAGUAUACCUCAUAUAAUAACUAUGUUAUGCUGUUAUUAAACGGAGAGUCAAUUUCAGAAAUCCUCGCCUACUUCGCUAGCUUUUUUUUAUUGAUGUGAGGGAAUAAACCUGUCUCACUGCGCACGCACCGCACCAACAUUGUCCCGUGUCCAAUGACUGAAGCUUGCGAAUCUACUUAUGACCACUACUCGACAUUGUUUGGCACAUUGCGGUGUGGCAUUUAACGUUAGCCGUUUUGGUUGUUUUUAAUCUCCUGCGCUCUUGGAUCUUUUUGGAGAUGUCCAAGUUUAACCAAUCAAAUAUAUCAGGCGGAAACGCUCCGGACCCGGACUACAAGUGGACAUAUGAAUAUUACGACGAUGAGGAGCCUGUUUCGUUCGAGGGACUCAAAGCGCACCGAUGUAAGUACGGGAUCUCUGUUUAUAGUACUGUGCUGCCCCUCCAUCCAUUUCACCCAUCUACUUUGCGUUAUGAAUGCAUUACUUUAUUGUAGAAAUGAAUUGUGAUCAAAUCAUGUGUGCAUGUAUUUAUACCUGAGAAUUGCCAUGGCUCAUUGCAUCACAUUUAUAUUUCUGGCUAGAAGUUAAAGUUAAGUAUAGUGGCUAGAUAUUCUACAUAAUGACAAAGAGGUAGAGGGUGUGUGUGUGUGGUUUAUGAAAGAGGGAGGGAGGGGUGGGGGGUCCGUUUUGUGUUGUCAGGGACAGCCUUAGAGUGGAAACCCUGCAGAGAAAUAUAAGCAUAUCAAUGCUGAGAGUGUCUGAGUAAGGGGGUUCCUUGUUUAGGCCUGUAUGUGUCAGCCUUUUAACAUUAGACACACACACACACACAAUCAAUACAUUUAUUUUCCCUCUAGGAUAACAUGCACAAAUCAAUGUCACCUCAGUCUAGACACUUAGACCAUAAUACAUUUUCAUAUCUUUAUCUCUCUCUUUCUCUCUCUCUCUCUACUCUCCAUCUCAUUGUGCUUAAAAUACUGUUGUUUUUGUCAUGCUACAGGUAUACAGUGGGGAAAAAAAGUAUUUAGUCAGCCACCAAUUGUGCAAGUUCUCCCACUUAAAAAGAUGAGAGAGGCCUGUAAUGUUCAUCAUAGGUACACGUCAACUAUGACAGACAAGACAAGACUUUUUCCAGAAAAUCACAUUGUAGGAUUUUUAAUGAAUUUAUUAGCAAAUUAUGGUGGAAAAUAAAUAUUUGGUCAAUAACAAAAGUUUCUCAAUACUUUGUUAUAUACCCUUUGUUGGCAAUGACACAGGUCAAACGUUUUCUGUAAGUCUUCACAAGGUUUUCACACACUGUUGCUGGUAUUUUGGCCCAUUCCUCCAUGCAGAUCUCCUCUAGAGCAGUGAUGUUUUGGGGCUGUCGCUGGGAAACACAGACUUUCAACUCCCUCCAAAGAUUUUCUAUGGUGUUGAGAUCUGGAGACUGGCUAGGCCACUCCAGGACCUUGAAAUGCUUCUUACGAAGCCACUCCUUCGUUGCCCGGGUGGUGUGUUUGGGAUCAUUGUCAUGCUGAAAGACCCAGCCACGUUUCAUCUUCAAUGCCCUUGCUGAUGGAAGGAGGUUUUCACUCAAUCUCACGAUACAUGGCCCCAUUCAUUCUUUCCUUUACACGGAUCAGUCGUCCUGGUCCCUUUGCAGAAAAACAGCCCCAAAGCAUGAUGUUUCCACCCCCAUGCUUCACAGUAGGUAUGGUGUUCUUUGGAUGCAACUCAGCAUUCUUUGUCCUCCAAACACGACGAGUUGAGUUUUUACCAAAAAGUUCUAUUUUGGUUUCAUCUGACCAUAUGACAUUCUCCCAAUCCUCUUCUGGAUCAUCCAAAUGCACUCUAGCGAACUUCAGACGGGCCUGGACAUGUACUGGCUUAAGCAGGGGGACACGUCUGGCACUGCAGGAUUUGAGUCCCUGGCGGCGUAGUGUGUUACUGAUGGUAGGCUUUGUUACUUUGGUCCCAGCUCUCUGCAGGUCAUUCACUAGGUCCCCCCGUGUGGUUCUGGGAUUUUUGCGCACCAUUCUUGUGAUCAUUUUGACCCCACGGGGUGAGAUCUUGCGUGGAGCCCCAGAUCGAGGGAGAUUAUCAGUGGUCUUGUAUGUCUUCCAUUUCCUAAUAAUUGCUCCCACAGUUGAUUUCUUCAAACCAAGCUGCUUACCUAUUGCAGAUUCAGUCUUCCCAGCCUGGUGCAGGUCUACAAUUUUGUUUCUGGUGUCCUUUGACAGCUCUUUGGUCUUGGCCAUAGUGGAGUUUGGAGUGUGACUGUUUGAGGUUGUGGACAGGUGUCUUUUAUACUGAUAACAAGUUCAAACAGGUGCCAUUAAUACAGGUAACGAGUGGAGGACAGAGGAGCCUCUUAAAGAAGAAGUUACAGGUCUGUGAGAGCCAGAAAUCUUGCUUGUUUGUAGGUGACCAAAUACUUAUUUUCCACCAUAAUUUGCAAAUAAAUUCAUUAAAAAUCCUACAAUGUGAUUUUCUGGAUUUUUUUUUCUCAAUUUGUCUGUCAUAGUUGACGUGACGUGUGCCUCUCUCAUCUUUUUAAGUGGGAGAACUUGCACAAUUGGUGGCUGACUAAAUACUUUUUUUCCCCACUGUAAUAGCCUACAAUACAUUGGAACUAAAACAUGUAUUUGCCCUGUCAAUCAAAUCUUGUUAUGUUGCAGACUCUAUUGUGAUAGGCUUCUGGGUGGGCCUGGCUGUCUUUGUCAUCUUCAUGUUCUUUGUCCUGACGCUGCUCACCAAGACAGGAGCUCCACAUCCCGAGUGAGUCUCUUAUCAACCAGCCAUCACGUCAAUCAAGUGAAUUACUUAGCAGUCCACCAACCCCCAGUGCCUCUUAACAUGUACACAAUUAUUUUCCGCUGUAGGUAAAUGGCAUAGACAGUGUGACUGGUCCAUGUUCCAAGUUUCAUGGUGCUUUUCAGGAACAUGGACAGCACCAUGCUUAUUAGUGGUGGUUCAGCACCACGGACAGUUUCUUAGCAUGCGCAAUAAUUUUUCACACCAGGUAAAUACCAUUGUCAGUGUGGCUGUUUCAUAUCCCAAGUUUUGUGGUACUUUGUUUUCAGCACCAUGGACAGCACCAGGCGUGUUAGUGGCAGAGCCUUACACAGGCUGUGGUUAGUUCUGCUUCAGCACCACAGAGAGCGCCUGGUUCAGAUCAUUGUUUGGAGAGCUUCAGCAUUAUGCUAGAGUGUCUCUUGGUUUUCCUCUCUGUAAGUGAGACAAUUCUCGCUCCCAGUCUCAGUGCACUCUGAUGUUUGAUGACCUCUUAGUAAAGUAUUCUAAUUAUCAGCAGCCCUCUUCCCUUUUAUCCAUGCUUGUAGCAUCCAUGGUUGUAGUCUCUCUCUCUCUCUCUCUCUCUCUCUCUCUCUCUCUCUCUCUCUGCCAGCGCCCUCAUUUUUCUUAUUAUAAACUCUGCCUCAAUCCUUCUUUCUCUCUCCUUUUCAGUCAGAGAUCUCUUCCUUGGUGGUCCCUCUCUUCUGCCUCCCUCUGUGCCCUGUCUCUCUCCCACUCCCCUCAUCUCUCUCUCUAGCCUCGUGCAAACAAACUGCGGUAAACUGUAUGCGUUCCGGUGGAAGUCCAUUCAUUUCAAUGGGAGGCAAGCCGCACCGCUGCGACUCAUCUGCCGGACUAGGCUGCGGUCGGUGUGUGCAGUGUGUUGCAUACUUUGGAAUUUUCCAACUUGUGCGUUGCUUUGCCGUGCGAUCUCAGAAACGGAAGCAGAUUAACCACAGAAGACUGCAAAUCUGUAGCUUUUUUGUGUGUUUAUGGGAUAGCAACAAGACAUUUUGACAGGUCAAUACAUUUAAAGUACAAGAUCAAAGUUUAUGAUGUUUAUAAUUGUAUGCAAUUAUGUGGUAACACUUUAGUUGACACCCAGUGUCACAACACGUUAUGACACGGUCAUAGCCCUGUCAUAAUAUGUCAUAACAGCUGACAUAACUUGUCAUAACCUGUCAUAAUAUGGUCAUACCACUGUCAUGACCCAUAUAUGUACACCUGUUGUGACAUACAUGGUGUUAUUUUAUAUUAUGGCUGGUUAUGACACCUUCAUAAGAGUGUGAAAGCCUACAUUUAUUCAAAUUAGUUUUUUUCCCUGCCAAGAAGUUUCCUUUCAUUUGAAAGUAUGUCUCUUAAAUCCUUUGUUUUUGUUGUAAUGAAUUCUUUACAGUCAUGUUUUUUCAUCAUAUUUUAAAUACACUUUAUGACACUGUCAUGAAGCAUUAUGACCAUCCUGUGUCACUUUACUUAGACUAAAAAAAUACACUUUAUGACACUGCCAAGUAGCAAUAUGACCAUCAUAAUCAUAUAAGCCAGAAACGCCUAUCACUUACAUGCCCUUACAUCAGUCAUCAGUCCAAAAGAGGGUGUCUUAUCCUGCUCCUGAAAUCUGCUCCUGCAUUCAUCCCAGUCAUCAUUAACAGGACAUUGGGGUGGGUGCAUGUCUGACAUCAAUGUGUGCGCAAUUACAAUGAUAAUUUAACAUGGUCAAUAAAAAAUAAAAUAUCAAUUAUAUAACAUAAACAUACUGUUGACAAGUAGGCUAUAGUGAAAUGGAAUGUUUUGCCUUGUGUGGUAGGUUUUGUGGGUUUUGACACUCUUAUGUAGGUGUCAUAACCAGCCAUAAAAUAACACAAUAUACGUCACAACAGGUCUAAAUAAAUGUGUCAUGACAGUGUUAUGACCAUAUUAUAACCGGUUAUGUCAGCUGUUAUCACAUAUUAUGACAUGGUUAUCACUGUGUCAUAACGUGUUAUGAUGCUGGGUGUCAAGUAAAGUGUUACCAAUUAUGUUUUAUGUAAUAUAGACCUAUGCCAUUGCUAUUGCUGAUUUGAUUCAUAAUAAAGUGAGCCUGUUGUUACACACAGCAUGUGGCUGAAAGAUAAUGAUUAAAACGUCCAUGUUGCGUGAUUCUGAUUGUGGUGAUGCGGUGCAUAGACUGCAACAAUUGCAUAGCAAUUAUCGUACGGCAAUGUGAUGAUGCAGUCUGUUUGCAUACAGUGUCUGAAUUCUCUUUCUCUUGGAGCUCCAUCCCCUCUCUCUCUGCCAGUCUCCCUUUCUCAACUCUCUCUAAGCUGACUCUUUCUUUAAGCUCAAUUUCUUUCACUCUAUGAACCACCCUCAUCGCUGUGACUGUGUGUGUGGCGGGUGCCAUGGCUCUCUCAAUAGCUGUCAGAGAGCUGAGCCAGUGAGUCUGUAUGUAUCUGUUCCUCUGGAGUGGAUCUCUGCCAGGCUCAGCUCUGGGAUCCCUUACAGACAAACCUCAGGGCCAAGCCUGUUAACCUCCCAGGUCUGCUGAUCACAGCACUCCACUGCUCCAGUCCAACACCAUGACAUCCAUUUACUCAGCUUACUCUCUCCCUCCCUCUCCCUCCCUCUCUAUACUGAGCUGAGCUAAAGACAAAAAACAAAACACACGCCGCUAAGAGGAUAGAAAUAUGGUGUUGAGCCAAUAUACACAGACUUAGCGCACGGAUGUGCAACACAGCUCUUUCCAAACAUGCAUUGAUUAUACAAUCCAAAGAUUUUUGCACCAAAAUGAGAGCAUGAAUGAAGAGUCAUACGCCCCAAAAGGGAAUACAUGAUACCCUCUUACCUAACAUCCAUGUCUCUUUCUUCCCUCCCUGUCCUCCCUGAUUCUGAUUAAGGCAAUUGAUGUUUUUCACUUUUAAUUGUGAGGUAGUCACACCUAUUUUUCUUCUGAUACACUCCUGGUCCUCAACUGUCCCCCUGUCCAGAGGAGCUGAGCCCCGUAACAAGCGUGUUCGUCUGACCAGCUGUGUGGAGGACCUCUGCCCCCCUGCAGACCCUGUCAACCGGCCCUGCCUCCAUCGCCCCCUACUGGACUCCUCUCUCAGCUGCUCCCUCUUCCACUGCUACAUCAAUGAGGAACAGGCCCAGGCCCAGGGGGGGUCCAGGCCUAGAGCUGGGGCAGGAGCUGUGGGAGCACCCAGAGGAGGGCUGGUCCCGGCGCUGGGGCGAGGCAGGUCAGGCAGCCCAGAGGAGGAGGAGGGGGUGGUGGUGAGGAUAGGAGAAGGGGUAGGUGUCAGCCUUGCCCUGCAAGGGGCUGCCAUGCUGGGGGGGAACCGGACUGACCACAGAGAGGCAAUGUUCCUGUCCCACUUCAACAUCCCUAACGUUGUGAACUCCGAGCACAGCUCCGCCCUGGGGGAGGACGAUCUGCUGCUGGGGGAGCCGCCAAUCAUCAUGGAGGGGGAGUGUCAUCGGCCCCACAGCACACAUCACAUGAUGGACUAA